AUGACGACCACUUCCUCCAACAGCGAUGACAUAUGGUAUUCGAAGUUAUCACUGAGACGAGCUCGAGCACGAUCAAUAAAGCGGUUUUGGGGACGCUUCUUGACCUCCACUGAUGGUUUGCUAUCUUCUUGGACUGCUUCUAACUCAGCCAGCCACUCCGAAAUGUCUUCUUGUCGAAUUUCUUGUUUGAUUCUUUUUGCCUUGACAACCUCCUGUAGAUUGAAUCCGGUGUCAUCAGCACCCACUGCAUUUAGAACGUGCUCUGCUUUUUUCAACAAUUCUGAACUCGGCUCAAGCCCUCGCUUCAGGAACAACGACGGUGCAAUCAAGUCAGCAAUCUUCGAAUCGUCAUUGUUGAUAUUGUUGAACACCUUCAGCUUCAUAGCCGUACACUGUCGUUGAAAAAAUGGAUUCAAGACACACUCAGGGUCCAUACACCGUUUUCAGUGUUGA